CCAUCUGACGGCGUUGUACUGAAACAAAAGCGAAUGGCGCCAAUUCCCGCGCUUUUCGUGCAGUCCUCAUCCUCAAUACGCAUCAUGGACGUACGGAAAACAUUGUCAGAUCAAUUUGAAGAAUACGGUGUGGACAUCAGUGCACCAGUGUUGGACAGAUGCCACGACAUUUGCCUUCAGUAUGCAGUGGAUGCAGAGGAGUUGGUGGAAUCAUGGAUGGCUUUCAGUGUGUCAAACAACCUCCAUGAAGUCACCUUGGAUACCCUUGCUCAGAUGGAGAGGAAAGAGUUUGCUAAACGUAAUUCCAAAGAUGUGCCAACUCCCAAAGGUUUAUCAAAGCAAAACCCGAAAUCAAGCAGCGUUGUUGUUUACAAUGCUAGUAAAGAUCCAGGACUAGAGGACAACAUCUUAAGCGCCUAUUGUACCACUCCAAAGAUAGACCUGAUAGACUUUACCUCUCCUGGGAUUAUUUUUACAUUUAACCAGAGAAGCCGGGCAGAGAAAAGGUGCGCUGAACUUACUACUCCUGAGCAAUAUGGUACUAAGAAGCAAACCACUGCUGGAAGGAGCCCACGUAUGGCUUUUUCACCUGCUAGUUUCUCACCCACUGUUGGUACACCAUCAAGUAAAUACUGUACACGAACCAAUGCAGGUCAAACGGUCACUGAAUGGGGGUCUUUGCCUCCUGGAGCCACCUGGAAAACUGAAGGAAGCAUACCAGGUCUGAGAGUGGCAAGUUACGCUGGCCACGGUCAACCAACUCUUCCUGCUGAAGCACGAUACAUGUAUGAGAGGCUUACCACCAAGGCUUGUGUCUUAAAUGAUGUUGUUGACUGGUUGGGAAAAGAAAUCUGUCUUAAACACGGACUUGAUGAACCAGAUCAUUUGAAAAAACUUCAUUCCGAACCGUUUAUUGGUAUUGGUCAUAUAUGUUGUGAUGCUAAUGGCAGAUUAAACCCCAGUUCAGUUCUACUAGAAGGUGCAAGAGGACAUCCCAGUUUUGGGAUUAGUGUACCUUUGAAGCUCACAUCGGUCUCAUCUUACGCCCUAUUUCCUGGUCAAGUUGUGGCUGUGGAAGGAACCAAUCCUACUGGAGAAUCACUUGUAGCUCAGAGAGUACUUUGUGAUGCUCCUCUUCCUCUUCCAUCUGAGCCAUUAAAACUAUCAACUGCUAAUGGUCCACUGAACGUUGUUGUUGCUUCAGGACCAUUCACUCAAAGUGACACUAUGACAUACCAGCCUCUGGAGGACUUAAUAAUGUACGUUCAAGAGCACCAACCCCAUGUUCUCAUUUUAGUUGGCCCAUUCCUAGAUGCAUUACAUCCCCAGGUCACUGAUGGUCUCUUGGCCCAGUCAUUUAAUGAAAUCUUUGAGAACAUAGUAGAUACCUUGAUGCGGCCUCUUGCUAGUUGUCACACAGAGGUUGUUCUGAUUCCAUCUUCACGUGAUGUCAAUCAUCAGCCGGUUUAUCCAACUCCUCCCUACAUUUUACGGAAGUCCUACCCUCAUCUUCAUUUGCUUCCUGAUCCAGCACUCCUUGAUGUAAAUGGUAUUAUAUUUGGCAUUACAGCCACUGAUGUCCUAAUGCACAUUGGCAGAGAGGAAGUAUGCAAUCCACCUCAAGGUCAUGACCGUCUAGGACGUCUUGCAUCUCACCUCUUAAAUCAACGCUCCAUGUAUCCUCUCUAUCCUCCACCAGAAGAUUUAAAUGUAGACUUGGAGAUGUGGGAUGACCACACUCACCUUCCUGUUACACCCCACAUUUUGAUCUUGCCAUCUGACUUCAGAUAUUUCCUCAAGUCUGUUGGUGGUGCAUUCAUAGUUAACCCGGAAAGGCUAGCUAAAGGAUCAGCAGGCGGUACAUUCGUCAGAAUGAACAUCAAACCUGUUUUAAGUGAGGACAGAUCGCUCGUAAAUAGUAUAUGUGCCCAGGUUGUUCGAAUUUAAUAUUUAAUGUGAUAUAGAUUUUAUUUAGUUCUUAAGUUUGUAUUUUUAUGCCAUAUUUUACUUAAGUUCUGUUAAGUUGUUUUCUGUAACUAAUGGAAUGAAUGAACUGGGCUAAUGACUCCACUGCUGGGAGAAGAAACAUAUGUUCACUUUGAAGAACUUGCAUUAAACAAAAUAACCAAAGA